CCCAGCGCCGAGGCCGGGCCGAGCCGAGCUGGGUCGGGCCCGGGCCAUGCUGCUCACCGUGUACUGUGUGCGGAGGGACCUCUCCGAGGUGACCUUUUCCCUCCAGGUCGACGCCGACUUCGAGCUGCACAACUUCCGCGCGCUGUGCGAGCUCGAGUCCGGCAUCCCCGCAGCCGAGAGCCAGAUCGUCUAUGCUGAAAGACCCCUCACAGACAACCACAGAUCGCUGGCUUCCUACGGCUUGAAAGAUGGGGAUGUCGUGAUUUUACGACAGAAGGAGAAUGCAGACCCUCGACCUCCAGUGCAGUUCCCAAACUUGCCCCGCAUAGACUUCCGUAGUAUAGCCGUGCCUGGCACGUCAGGCUCCCGGCAGCGCCGGCCACCAGGAGCACAGCAGUCCCACUCAUCUCCCGGAGACAUAGCUUCAUCUCCUCAGGGCUUGGACAAUCCAGCCUUGCUCCGAGACAUGUUGCUGGCCAACCCCCAUGAGCUGUCCUUGCUGAAGGAGCGCAAUCCACCCCUGGCGGACGCUCUGCUCAGUGGAGACCUUGAGAAAUUUUCUAGGGUCCUGGAGGGACAGCAGCAGGACCGAGCCCGGAGAGAGCAAGAAAGGAUUCGUCUCUUUUCUGCCGACCCUUUUGAUCUUGAAGCUCAGGCAAAAAUAGAGGAAGAUAUAAGGCAACAGAACAUCGAGGAAAACAUGACAAUAGCUAUGGAAGAGGCUCCUGAAAGUUUUGGCCAAGUAGUGAUGCUUUAUAUUAACUGCAAAGUGAAUGGACAUCCUGUGAAAGCCUUUGUUGACUCAGGUGCCCAGAUGACUAUUAUGAGCCAAGCUUGUGCAGAAAGGUGUAAUAUAAUGCGGCUGGUGGACCGUCGGUGGGCAGGGAUUGCCAAAGGAGUGGGCACCCAGAAGAUUAUUGGAAGGGUACAUCUAGCUCAGGUUCAAAUUGAAGGAGAUUUCCUGGCGUGCUCUUUCUCUAUCCUUGAGGAACAGCCUAUGGACAUGCUUCUGGGACUGGACAUGCUGAAACGACAUCAGUGUUCCAUCGACCUCAAGAAAAACGUGCUCGUGAUCGGCACGACAGGCUCACAGACCACCUUCCUGCCCGAGGGAGAGUUACCAGAGUGUGCCCGAUUGGCGUAUGGGGCGGGGCGAGAGGAUGUGCGGCCAGAAGAGAUUGCAGACCAAGAAUUAGCAGAAGCUCUUCAGAAAUCCGUAGAGGAUGCAGAGCGUCAGAAGCCAUGAUGCAUGUAGUGUGUGUGUGCUGCAGCUGGAGUGGGCCCCAGACCAGAGAAAAGUGGUAAAGAAACUACCUCACUGGGAAUGUCAUCCUUACCAACUUCAGAUGGAUUUAACCAUUCAGCCCAUCCUUCAGGACAGAGUCCUGAGAUUGGUAAUCCUACGAGUCUUGCUCACUCUGUCUCUGCUUCAGGCUGCCCUAUCGAGCCCAGUGACCCUGACAGCACUGAACCUAAAGCUCCAAAGGCUUUGAAGGCUUCCGCUGAGUUCCAGAUAACCUCUGAAAAGAAAGAACAUCUUCCUCCACAGGAUCUUUCUGAUUGUGCUUCUUUAGCAGACAGCGCUCCAGCCAUGCCUCUGCAGAAUUCAUCCGAAGAAGCCAUUGUUGCAGAGAAUAUGGCGAAAUCUGCUGAAAGAAGCACCCAGGGCCUCAGAUCUCCCCUCCACACAAGACAGCAAGCGAGUUUAUCCGUCACGACUACUAGUGUGCAAGAACCACCGGGGUUUCUAGGUGAAAAGGGUUGGCAUCCAGAAAGUCAGAACCCGAGUCAAGGGAAUGGCCUUCAGCAGCACAAAGAACCAGGGAAUGAACAGCAUGAGGUUGUACAACAGAAUGCUCUACAUGACCAAGAACAAGACCAUCUCUGUAACACAGAGGACUUUGAACUUCUUGGAGAAAGGCAACAGAAUCCGCAGAGAAGUGUUGAUUUAGGAGCUACAAUGAAAGAAGACAGGCUACAGCAGAAUGUGGACCUUCCAGGUACAGAGGAAAAUAUUCUACCUUCAGGAUGCUUUGGCUGCCCCCAUUCAGAAACACUCAUGGAAGUGGAUACAGUUGAAGAGUCCCUAGUGGCUGUGCCUAACUCAGCGGAUGGUCAGAAUGCCAGUGUCAAGAACAUCGGUGCACCCGAUCUCACCUUAGAUAAUCCCCUGAUGGAAGUAGAAACAUCAAAAUGUAACCCUUCGUCCGAAAUUUUGAGUAAUUCAAUUUGCACUCAGGAUUUACAACUCCCAGACAAUAACGUUGAAAUGUCUGGAACAAAUAAAGAAGAUGGGGAUUGCUCCCCGUCUUUAAGUCUCUGUGGCAGUUGUCAGCCUUCUGUGGAGUCAGCAGAGGAAUCCUGCUCAUCUCUAACAGCAGCCUUGAAGGAACUCCAUGAACUUUUGGUCAUUAGUAGUAAACCAGCUUCAGAAAAUACAUCUGAAGAAGUUAUCUGUCAAUCGGAAAUGGUAACUGAGGGCCAAACAGGUGUGAAGGACCUUUCUGAAAGAUGGACCCAAAGUGAGCAUGUUCUAGUUACCCAGAACGAAGAGCGUUCCCAAGUCUCCUUUCAUCAGACCAUAACUGUAUCGGUGAGGGCAGAAAAGUUAACAGACACUUCAAAUGGUGCUGGAGUAGAAGAUGUAGAAAAUAUUAAUGUCAGGGAUCCAGGUGAUGGCCUAGUCACUGAUAAGGAAAGUGUCCCCGAGUCUAGAGAAUCCGAGAACAAGAGCAGUUCUGACGCUCUAGCCUCAGCAAAAACGUCUAAUCAAUUACACUGCACCUUAGGUGUAGAAAUCUCACCCAAACUUUCAGCAGGUGAGGAGGAUGGUGUCAGUCCCACUUCUGAGCAAACGAAGUCCUGGUCCAAUUUCACGUUGGUUGAAGAUCUGGGUCAGGGCGCACAGAAUCUGGUGACAGACAGGCCUGAGACACGACAGGAUGUCUGUCCUGAAGCUGCAGGGCCACUUGUUGACUUUGAACCGCCCACCAACCACCCAUCAUCAAGUCCUUCCAUCCUUCCACCACUGAUUUUUCCUGCUGCAGACAUUGACCGGAUUCUCCGUGCCGGCUUCACUUUGCAGGAAGCUCUUGGGGCUUUGCAUCGAGUUGGUGGAAAUGCAGACCUUGCACUUCUUGUCUUGCUCGCAAAGAACAUUGUAGUUCCUACAUAACCAAGGAAAAGUGGGCUAAACCAUCCUCCAUUCCCUUAAAAAAAAAAAAAAAAAAAAAGCUAUAGACACACAACACACACUCACUCUCUCUCUCUCUCUCUCUCUCUCUCUCUCUCUGUCUCUCUCUCUCACUCACUCACCACGUACACAGUAUAUGUAGAAACCUGCAAGCAGAAUGUUGAGCCAGAUUUUUUUUAAAGAUUUUUUUCGGCCAAAGUAACUUAUCUCUUGUCUGAUGAAUUUGUCUAUUCUAUUUGUUAAAAUUUGGGCCUUUUAAAUGUAUUGGCAGUAUGUGCAUACAAAAGCUUUUUAUUAUCAAGAUGAUGUAUUCUGGAAUAAAAUUGAUGGUUUUGUGUAUAGCAUACCAUUUUAGAAUGAGAGUGAGUGCUUUAAAAAGCAGAAGCCAUGAGAAACCCUACCCCCCAUGCAGCUGAAAGCAGAUCACCUUCCCACUUUGGCUGUGUCUGUGCUGUAGGCAGGGUAUGGCUUGUUGGCUCAAUUGUCCAUUUACAAACUUGAUCACAUGGUGUGGUGUUUGGAAUUACACUUAGUGCUCUGUGUAUUGGUGGUGCAUCAGUUAUAAGAGGAAGUUGAAGAAUAAUUGAGUGAUCUCUCCUAGAGUGGUAUGUUUUUAUUUGUGUGGUUAGGAUUUGGCAGUUUUAUGGGUGAGUUGGGAGGAUUUAAAACUUGGGCUGCUCUGUACGCGACAGGCUGCUGCAUGGAUUGCCAAGUAUUUUGGGGUGGGGGGGAAUCAACAUCAGAAUGGAACGUGGUGCUACCCAGAUAGAAAAGGGAAAAGCGUGUAAUUCUGUUUGCAAAUGUUUGGUGAUGUUUCAAGGACCGGGAGUGAAAAAUAAUGGCCUAAACGCUGGAAUUUACUAGAGAGUGGGUUUGCGAGCAUCUUACUGAUCUCACCUCAACCCUUAGCGACCAACAAUGAACUUCUGCUAAGGGGUUGAUUUGCCUGCAGUUCAUUUCCUUUCUAAGCUCAUCUACUGGGAAGUGCUUCCAAAGCUCAGUGUGAGCCGCGAUCGGAGUGAGAUAUCAUGAAGUGUGAUAACCUUGUCGCUGGUUCAUCUUGGUGCUUGGAAUGGUCAGCCUGUUUGGUGAGUGGCCUUUACGGCAAUGGAAAUAGUAAUGGCAGUUUCUGACUCAAGUGGCCUUGGUAGAGAUUUCCAUCCCUUUCUUUCCUCAGGAGUUUCUUUUUUAAAGCAGGCGGCAUCACAUUUGUGUUUACCGUGUCAAGGUAGAGUGGGGCAUAGUAUAUAGAUGUAUUUAUUGUGGCCUUUUUUUAUAUGAGGACUAGCCCUUGGAAAUCAUUGUCCUGUGGGCCCCACUGUGCAAUAAUCCUACUGGAUAGAUUUUAGGUAGUUUUUCCCAGAAAAUAAAUUAUCUUAUGUACCCAGCAGGAAUCUGAAAUCUUGGUUUUAUUGAAAAGAAUUUUGAGGAUGACUCCUGAUUCCAAGCUAGAGUUUGCAAUGUGUUUGAAACAGAUGCUUCGAAAGGGUGAUUCGUGAACUUAGUGUUAAAUGAUUUUGUGUGAAGUCUUACUCUCUUUGCAAGCGUAUUCUUUCUUUCUAAAUUCAAGUCAUUGAGCACAAUCAAAACGGAGGCUCAUAUCUCAGGAGUUUUUGACAUUUUCAUUUGGGGGCACUUAGAGACCUUUCUCUUCUGUCCUAUUCCGUCGUCUUUUCUUUUUGCUGUGACGUUUGUAUGUAUGUUGUGAGUCUUCAGUGAUGUGGCGGAAAGUCACAUAGAUUCAUCAUGAUCCUCCGAAGUUGGGAGAUGGUUGGCAGAAGGAGUUGUGGUUUACCGUUUUCACGAGGGCGCUCCGAACAGCAGGUCAGCCAGGUUGUCUUUAAGAUGUUCUUUGAGACAAUCACAUGCUGCAGACCCUUUUGCCUGCCCCACACCAAAGACGUAAGAUGCACUAGGAAACUGCAUGUAGGAUUUCUGUCAACCGACUCUUAGAGCUGCGACCAUAAUUAAGUAGUUGGUGCUAUGAGGGAAGCAAAAUCCAGUAGCAAUGCAGUGGCCCCCGUAUUUGCUUUACGGGUGGUAACUGGGAAUUUAUUCUAAGCUAAUAAAUCUUUAGGGUUAUAAAGUGGGGUGGGUGUGAGGUGGGGGAAGUUAUCAGUGACAACAGACUCCUCCCAAGAGGCCUUCUGGGUGAAGACGGGCCUCCUAGUCUUUCUGAGCAGUGGCGCACUGCUCAGCGGCUUGGCCACUGAAUUUUCACAGUGCGGAGAUCUGGGAAUCCAUCCUAGGUAGAAUACAGAAUAUCAGUGUGGAAAAGGUUUGAUUACAAUAGCUUUUUACGUAUGUAUAUUUAUUUUUAGGAGAAAAUCGAAUAGGCCUAUAGUUGUACAUGUAUUCUCCUUAGGAGUACCUUGAAUGAAUGAGCUGAACCCUCUUGCCAGAUAGCCUUGUCCUUUUUCAUCAUUUAUUUUUCAGUGUAUAAUUGCUUUGGAUCUUUAAAACUUUAUUUUCCUGUCCCAUCAUUCGUAUGAACGUAAAGUCGCUGACAUUAUUAGGAUUUUGAGUAAUUUUAAAUCACGCAGUUCUUAAAACACAAAGGGAAUUAAGGAACACGACACUAGUGAACUUUGUCAGUUUUACUAAAAGUGCAGAGAUUCGAGAUUAACUUCUCUAAAAAUGAGGUAAAAUCAUUGUGAACUCCUCUGGUUGCCAACAGAACUGAUCCUGGCCAGCCAUCAACAGUAACGGGCCACCUUACUGGAUAGCUUCUUUGCCGUAACCAGUAACGGACGGUUCUGUGGUCAGUGUUCCCCUCCAAGGGUGGUCUCUGUUUACUCACCAGAGAGAGGAGGAGGUUGUCCUUCCUGGAGGACUUCUGCGGUUUACCUUCAGUUGAUUUCCAUGGAAUCAACUGGAAUGUGCUUGGUGACCAGACAGCUGUGCCUAACACAGCUGUAGAUUUUGCCCACUGAAGCUGGGAAGAAGGAUUUCCACUUGUACCUGUGUAGGCCCCCGGGCCCCAGCCGGCAGCCUUCAUCCCUCAGUUUGGGCUUUAGGCGUUAACAUCUAAAGAUUACCGGUGGCUUGGCAAAGAGAAUGGGAUAGAUGGUGGGUGGGUGUUAAAACUGGUCUGCCUUGGAGCCUGUGAAACCUCCCAGCGCUCCUUGUCUCCAUAUGUACUAAAGGAAGACACAGCCCGUGUUUUUUUUUUUUUUUUUUUGUCCAAAGCAUUUCUCUAGCAAGAGGGUUGCAUAAAAAUGGAAAGACACAUGAGACUUUGUGUCACCAAUUUUGAUAACCAGUUAAAACUGGAAUCUGUUCUUCCCUUAGCACAGCUUUCUCUCUCUAGUAAAAGCCAUAAAAACUUCAUUGGUUUAACCAUCAGCUCAUAUGUAUAUAUACAUAUGUGAUUGACAAAUAGCCUACGGUUAAUUUUACAUAGAAUGAAAAGCAAGCAAUUUUUCUAUUUACAGAUAUAUCCUCCACAUACGGUGGCUUUUAUCCCACCAUGUAUAUAAAAACAGCCUUGCCGGUAACCAGCCAGGAAAGUUGCAGAGCGUCUGAUUUCCUUUUCCUACCUGUUUGCCACCUGCAGUGAGAGCAGGCAGCAUAAUUGAACUGCUGUGUAUUUCAAACUUGUUAUCACCGGUAACAUAUCCUAAGAGAAGCUAACUAGAUUAUGCAUUCUUCCAAUCUCUAGCACAAAUACCAAAAAGCCAAAUUUCUCCUUUGAAUUUGGUUACUUAGUAUAGUCUGUGGCUGAGUUAGAAAGAAACCGUUAUCAAGAGUUUCCCUUCCUAGAAGAUGAAUGUUAACGUUUUAGGAGUUCCAUAAAAUAGCUUUUUUCCUGGAAGAAUUAAAAACGCCAAUUCCUCAAAGACCAAGUAAAUUUAAAGCGUGUCUUUGAGAACUGUGGAAAUGAAAAUUCAUGGCUCAAGCUCUGUAUCUUAGAGGUCCCUCAGUGUUAGUGAGGUGUUCCUAGGAGUCCGUUGAGUUAAGAUUUUAGGGGUAAACCUUUGAAGUACUUGAUUUUCUCUUGUGCCUUAGUUUCUCCAAGUAGCAGAGGCAUCACAUUUUGGUGGGGAGUGAAAGUGGAAAUACCGGGGAGAAAGUUUGAAAAUGGCCUUCCUAGAAAUAGAGGGCGUGCAUGGAGUGGUCCUAAGACUCCCCUUCGAUUCAGAAUUAUCCUGCACCAAAUCAUUAGAUUUCCCUAGACAGAAAAAUUCCAAUAGGGCUUUUUUUUUUUUUUGCAUUGGGAGUACCAGAAAAUGGUUUCUAGAUGUUUAUUAGAUUUUUCUUCAUUGCACUAUCAGUAUUGUGGUGGUUAAGACACAGAAAAAGUUUGAGAAAAUCUGGUACUCUUGAGGGCUAUACAGUAUGAGCCUUUGAUUAAGAAUUCAUUGAUUCAUGGGGCACCUAACUGAUUCAGUCGGUGGGGCAAUGUGACUCUUGAUCUCGGGGUCGUGAGUUCCAGCCCCAUGUUGGGGUAGAGUUUACUUUAAAAAAAAAAAAUCGAUUGAUUCAGACAUUAAGUGCCUGUGUGCCAGGUACUGGUGAGUACGGAGAACACAGGGGUGACUAAAUCAGAUUAGAAGCCUGUCCUCAUGAAGCUUUGUCUAGUAAGGAGACAUGAAGCAAAUUUUAGCUUUAGGAGAACGAUCUGCUUUUGCCUAUUAGCAUGGUUUUAUUUUAAAAGUCAUACUAGAAUGAUUUGGUUCAAAUUCAGAGAGUGGGAAAAUCAGGCUCAAAAUGGAAUUCGAUGCUUAUUUAGAGCUUAAAACUGCUCUAAAAUGUUUUUUUUUAAUUUUUUUAUGGAAUCAGAAACCAACAAAAAAUGUUCAAAUAUUUAUAGGAAUACUUGAAGAAAUCAGUAUAAAUUAUUUGCAAGUAAUUUAUGCUGCUGGGGUGGGGUGGGCAGGGUAGAAGUCCAAGUAAACGGGAGAGAUCCCAAAUAUGUAGCCGUGACCGUGAGCUUUCCCUCCCAUCAGGGCAUCCUUCCACGCAGGGUUCAAAUGUGGAGUGUGCCGGGGUAUCCUCUCCCUGCCCGCCCCCCACCUUGAGCAUGGCUGCUCUGGAAUACUGGCCAUCUGGUCCCACGGGACUUCGAGGAUUCUGUGGCAUUUGCUGCUUUAAAACAGCUGAGUGCAAAAUGUGGAAAUGAGAAUCUAGAGCAGAAAAUGUAGCAAGCGACAGUUCUGGGACUGGGUGGUGGGCAGAAUUAUUCACAAGAGGAUUCGAGGCUCUACCAAAUCUCUCAGCAGGAUCGCUCCAUCAAAAGAAAAUUCUUUAACCCAUUCUUUAAAAUGUCACCACGUAUGUUGUAAUCCUGAGGCAUACAGCCUGACUGCUAGUGACUUCUGAGGCUUACAAUUAGAAAACUCCCAAGUUCAUCGGAUAUUUAUUGGUGAUUGGUAAUUUAGAUCCUCUGGGGGCUGUAAAAGGUGAGGGGGAUAUAGCUGGUAAGUUUCAGGGCACAAUGUUAAGGAAUAAACUCUACAGAGAAAAUGGCUCAAGGGUGUAGGAGUUAGAGAAUGUUUCUUUUACCUUAAAAAGUUAGGCAGAUUAUCGAAGACGUGGGGUGGGGGUGUAGAAUACAAAAUUAGAAUUUUUACAGAACUAUAUUUCUCUAAAUAUGUACCAUACGAAGGUUCUCAUUAGCCGACUUGGGGAAGGGGCAUGCUGGCUUAUUUUUCCCUGGGGAAAUCCGUGUCUGGUGGGAAAUGAUUUUGUUUACCAGGAGUUUGCUCUAUAUGCAACGUUGACUGAAUGCGUCUGUGGUUUAGAGGAAGGUAGACCUCUCUUAAUCUCCUACCAGAGGCAGUCAGAUGAGCCAUUUGGUUUCCAGAUUCCUUCAGCCUGAGAUGACCUGAUGCUGACCAGACAGUUUUCUUUCCCUGCAGGCCCCACAGCUUUCUGAGUUUAUGCCCCCUAUCUGGGACCUUUCUCUCUGAAUGAUUAUAUCCCAUUCUCUGUUCUCUCCAUCACCCUUUUCAGAUAGUUCUGGUGAUGCACUCAGAGCAGUUCAACAUACUGGUCAUACUUGCUUUUUUCACCGUGCACGUACAGCGAAAAUUGGUGAUGCUCAUUGUUACUCAAAGUCCCGUCUUCAUGGCAAGUUGAGCUAAUGGCCUUUGCUGUCAAGGAAGCUUUGUUUACCAGUUUUGUAGCCACACUUGGCAAAUCUUAGCAAAUCGAAACCCUUCUCCAACCCUUUUAUUUGUUCUUGCAGUUGCUCACGUAUUGCUUUGCUGACUUUUCUUUAAGCUUUGAGACUACUGCGUCUUUAAAAAGCUAGGCAGAUUGGCAAAAUAGGCUUGCCAAUAGCUUAGUCGCUCCAUAGCGCUUUGGUUUUGAGAGUUGGGAAACUCAGAACUUAAGGGAACCAAACUCAGGAAUCCCACGGUUGGCUGCACUGUGCCCUUGGUUUAGGGGCUGGACAUAGGACCUGUCUGCAGCUGAGUGAACUAGAUGCAUUUGGGUUUGAGUUUUUGUCACAUACUGAAAUGUUAAGUCAGCCCUAAAUAAUCAAAACACUUUAUUUUUCUUUUUUUAAUAGGAACUUUCUGAAGAAAAAGUGAUGUGUAAAACAUUUGAUAUUUAAUAAGACAAUAAAGUUUUUAUCAUAA